GUGACAGCCGCGGCAGGAAGCAGGCGGGCGCUCCCCGGCCACAGGCCUGUUGUUCUCGGAAGGGAGAAAGCUGGACGUUUCCCCACGUAACUCCCAGCUCUGGGCCUAGAGUGUGUGCAUGGCGAAGUCCCCGGAGAACUCUACCCUGGAGGAGAUUCUGGGGCAGUAUCAACGGAGUCUCCGGGGUUGUUCUUGCAGAACAUGCCAGUAGAAGCAUUCACCAACUGAAAUGUGCCCUGAAAGAAGGCGAUGUCACUAUUGGAGAAGAUGCACCAAAUCUUUCUUUUAGCACCAGUGUGGGAAACGAGGAUGCCAGGACAGCCUGGCUCGAAUUACAACAGAGCCAUGCUGUUAAUCAGCUCAAAGAUUUGUUGCGCCAACAAGCACAUAAGGAAAGUGAAGUAUCUCCGUCAAGAAGAAGAAAAAUGUCCCCCUUGAGGUCAUUAGAACAUGAGGAAACCAAUAUGCCUACUAUGCACGACCUUGUUCAUACUAUUAAUGACCAGUCUCAAUAUAUUCAUCAUUUAGAGGCAGAAGUUAAGUUCUGCAAGGAGGAACUCUCUGGAAUGAAAAAUAAAAUACAAGUAGUUGUGCUUGAAAACGAAGGGCUCCAGCAACAGCUAAAAUCUCAAAGACAAGAGGAGACACUGAGGGAACAAACACUUCUGGAUGCAUCCGGAAACAUGCAGAAUUCUUGGAUUACAACAGGUGAAGAUUCUGGGGUGGGCGAAACCUCCAAAAGACCAUUUUCCCAUGACAAUGCAGAUUUUGGCAAAGCUGCAUCUGCUGGUGAGCAGCUAGAACUGGAGAAGCUAAAACUUACUUAUGAGGAAAAGUGUGAAAUUGAGGAAUCCCAAUUGAAGUUUUUGAGAAAUAAGAAUCACGGCCGGGCGCGGUGGCUCACGCCUGUAAUCCCAGCACUUUGGGAGGCUGAAGCGGGCGAAUCACGAGGUCAAGAGAUUGAGACCAUCCUGGCCAACAUGGUGAAACCCCGUUUCUACUAAAAAUACAAAAAUUAGCUGGGCCUGGUGGCACGUGCCUGUAGUCCCAGCUACUUGGGAGGCUGAGGCAGGAGAAUCGCUUGAACCCGGGAGGGGGAGGUUGCAGUAAGCUGAGACCACGCCACUGCACUCCAACAUGGCAACAGAGAACGACUUAGCUGAAUAUCAGAGAACUUGUGAAGAUCUUAAAGAGCAACUAAAGCAUAAAGAAUUUCUUCUGGCUGCUAAUACUUGUAACCGUGUUGGUGGUCUUUGUUUGAAAUGUGCUCAGCAUGAAGCUGUUCUUUCCCAAACCCAUACUAAUGUUCAUAUGCAGACCAUCGAAAGACUGGUUAAAGAAAGAGAUGACUUGAUGUCUGCACUAGUUUCCGUAAGGAGCAGCUUGGCAGAUACGCAGCAAAGAGAAGCAAGUGCUUAUGAACAGGUGAAACAAGUUUUGCAAAUAUCCGAGGAAGCCAAUUUUGAAAAAACCAAGGCUUUAAUCCAGUGUGACCAGUUGAGGAAGGAGCUGGAGAGGCAGGCGGAGCGACUUGAAAAAGAACUUGCAUCUCAGCAAGAGAAAAGGGCCAUUGAGAAAGACAUGAUGAAAAAGGAAAUAACGAAAGAAAGGGAGUACAUGGGAUCAAAGAUGUUGAUCUUGUCUCAGAAUAUUGCCCAACUGGAGGCCCAGGUGGAAAAGGUUACAAAGGAAAAGAUUUCAGCUAUUAAUCAACUAGAGGAAAUUCAAAGCCAACUGGCUUCUCGGGAAAUGGAUGUCACAAAGGUGUGUGGAGAAAUGCGCUAUCAGCUGAAUAAAACCAACAUGGAGAAGGAUGAGGCAGAAAAGGAGCACAGAGAGUUCAGAGCAAAAACUAACAGGGAUCUUGAAAUUAAAGAUCAGGAAAUAGAGAAAUUGAGAAUAGAACUGGGUGAAAGCAAACAACACUUGGAACAGGAGCAGCAGAAGGCAGCCCGGGCCAGAGUGGAGUGCCUGAGACUAACAGAACUGCUGGGCGAAUCCGAGCACCAACUGCACCUCACCAGACAGGAAAAAGAUAGCAUUCAGCAGAGCUUUAGCAAGGAAGCAAAGGCCCAAGCCCUUCAGGCCCAGCAAAGAGAGCAGGAGCUGACACAGAAGAUACAGCAAAUGGAGGCCCAGCAUGACAAAACUGAAAAUGAACAGUAUUUGUUGCUGACCUCCCAGAAUACAUUUUUGACAAAGUUAAAGGAAGAAUGCUGUACAUUAGCCAAGAAACUGGAACAAAUCUCUCAAAAAACCAGAUCUGAAAUAGCUCAACUCAGUCAAGAAAAAAGGUAUACAUAUGAUAAAUUGGGAAAGUUACAGAGAAGAAAUGAAGAAUUGGAGAAGCAGUGUGUCCAGCAUGGGAGAGUACAUGAGACGAUGAAGCAAAGGCUAAGGCAGCUGGAUAAGCACAGCCAGGCCACAGCCCAGCAGCUGGUGCAGCUCCUCAGCAAGCAGAACCAGCUUCUCCUGGAGAGGCAGAGCCUGUCGGAAGAGGUGGACCGGCUGCGGACCCAGAGACGAAAUCUGGCUCUGUCACCCAGGCUAGAGUGCAGUGAUGUGAUCAUAGUUCACUGAAGCCUCAAAACUCCUGGCCUCGAGCAAUCCUCCUGCCUCAGCCUCCUGAAGCAAUCCUCCUGCCUCAGCCUCCUUGAGCAAUCCUCCUGCCUCAGCCUCCUGAGUAGCUAUGACCACAGGUGCACACCAGUAUGCCCAGCUAAUAUUUUGUUAUUUAGAGAUGGGAUCUCACUAUGUUGUGCAGACUAGUCUCGAACUCCUCUACCUUGGCCUUCAAAAGUACUGAGAUUAUAGUUGUGAGCUACUGUGCCCAGUCCUAGUUUCUUAAGAUAGAAGCUAAGGUCAUUAAUUUUACACUUUUCUUCUUUUCUAAUGUUUAAAAAUAUCUUUUAGUACUAUAAAUUGUAUUUAGUACUAUAAAUUUAAGUAUUGCUUUAGCUGUAUAUCACAGCUAAACACAUUGUGUUUUCGUUUUCAGUCCAUUCAAAAUACUUUCUCAUUUCCCUUUGAUUUCUUCUUUGAUCCACGGAUUAAUAUUUAGUUUCCAAGAACUUGGGGAUUUUCCAUAGAUCUGUGUUUUUUUAAUUUCAUUUCCUUCAAAGAGAAAAUGUUUUACAGUACUUAAAUCCUUUAAAAUUCAUGGAGUUGUUUUGCUCAACAUAUGGUACACUGUGAUAAAUGAUCUGUGACCUUGAGAAAAAUAAGUGUUCUUAUGCUGUUGGGUAGCGUGUUCCAUAAAUGUCAAUUAGAUCAAGCUGACUGACAGUAUUGCCCAAGUUGUCUAUAACCUUACCAAUUUCUCUCCAAUUGCUGUAUCAAUUAUUUGAAGAUGGAUAUUGAACUGUCCAAUAGUAACUGUAAAUGUGUCUAUUUUUCCUUAUAUUAGUUUUCGCUUCAUAUAUUUUGUUUUGUUAUUAGAUGCAUAACUAAGACGGUUAAUACUUCUUGAUGAAAUGACUCCCUUAAUUAUUAUGAAAUGUUCCUCCUUAUCUCCAGCAAUAUUACUUGCUUUGAAAUCUACUUCAUAUGAUUUAAUAUAGCACUCUAGUUUUCUUUUGAUUAGGUUGAGCAUAGUAUAUAAUUUUCUGUUCUAUUAAUUUUAAUCUACUUAUAUCUUACAUUUAAAGUUGGUUUCUUAUAAGCAGCAUAUAGGUAGUUCUUGCUUUUUACCAAGUCUAAUCUCUGUCUUUCAAUUGUGGUGUUUAGAACAUUUACAUUUAAUGUGAUUAUUGAUACGAUUAAGAUUAAAUUUACCAUCUUGCUAUUUGUUUCCCA